AUUGCCAAUAUCCGAUUGGUGAACUAUACAACACGCCAUCAUGGCCGAUGAUACUGGCCAGGAUAUUCUUCUCCUCAUUUUUAUCCAUGGAUUCAAAGGAGACGACAAUACUUUCGCACAAUUUCCACAGCGUCUAACAAACAUUUUGCUCGACUCUUUACCGGACUUUAAGGUCGAGUCACUCAUGUUUCCUGUUUAUGAGACCCGAGGCGAACUGAAUGAAGCAGUGGCACGCUUUGCAGAUUGGCUGGCGACACUCACGGUUCAAAAGGAGGCCCAACAUGGCGGAGCAGGUAAGGCGAAGAUCGUACUGUGCGGACACAGCAUGGGGGGAUUACUUGCGGCAGACGCCGUUCUAGAGUUUGUUAAUUCCAGGCCCGAUGUCAACGCACCAAUAUGGCCUAACAUCAUCGCUUGCAUAGCAUUCGAUACGCCAUAUUUUGGCCUCCACCCUUACGUUUUCAAGAACAGUGCCACAAAAGCUGCACAAUACGCAGAAGCGGCGAAAACGGUCGGUACAGCGCUGUUUGGCUCAUUAGCCGGUUUCGGUGCCAGCAAGGCCGCCUCAGGAUCUUCGCCGUCUACUCCGCCAGCAGGUUUACUUACAGCUCCUUCACAAGAUCAAUCGGGCUGGGGUAAAUGGGCCCCAGCUGCGUACGCUGUUGGAGGUGCACUGUUUGCAGGUGCUGCCGCUGGUGGGGCAUAUCACAAGCGUGCAGAACUUGGACUCGGCUACACUUGGGCUACCGAUCACCUGAAGUAUGUUGGCAACCUAUGGGACGAGGAUGUUUCCAAGAAACGUGUUGACUCGAUGAUUGAGGUAGAUGAGACAGCAGGCAUCCUUUUCCGAACAUUUUACACUUUUCUCCCCGCCGUUCCGCUCGUUCACAACCUCGAUCGUACAUUUAUCAUAAUUCCUAAAGGAAAUCCUAAAAUACAGUCCCGCUUCUUGCGUGCAGAGAACAACACCGCUUCCGAUGAAAUACAGGCUCACACCGGCAUGUUCGCUGCGAAUACUAAUGACGGUUAUUACAAACUAGGACUGGAGACGGCGAGGCUUAUCCAAGAAUCCAUCGCUUCGAGACAGCAUCCUCUCAACAGGAAACAAGAUUCUGAUUCUACGCUCAGUCCCGUGGUUGACGAUCAAGAACCAAAGAAAGACGAGACCUCAAAUCUCGCCAAACUUCCAUCGGACCCGCUCGUCGACCACAACCCCUGGAAGUAAGGUGAAAGGGCGAAGGUGUAUACCAUGUUGUUCCUAUCUGUAACUGAUAUCUGAUAUACAUAUACAACGUGGCUGGGUGUUUUAAUAACUACUGUUCCCUGUC